AUGCAGAGCACAGGUUCCAACAACACGUUCCGCUCCGGCAUGGAGCUCUUCCAACGCGCGAAGGUGGUGCGGCUGCGCAGCCACCACGACAAGUACCUUCUAGCGGACGAGGACGAGGAGUCCGUGACCCAGGACCGAAACGGAUCCUCCAAGAACGCUAAGUGGACGGUGGAGCUCAUUCCCGAGUUCGACAACCUCUUACGGCUCAAGAGCUGUUACGGCAAGUAUUUAACGGCGUCGAACCAGCCGUUGCUGCUGGGCGUGACGGGGCGCAAGGUGGUGCAGAGCGUGCCGCGGCGGCUGGACUCCUCCGUGGAGUGGGAGCCCUUGCGGGACGGCGCGCAGGUGAAGCUGAAGACCCGUUACGGGAACUUUCUGAGGGCCAAUGGGGGGCUCCCACCUUGGAGGAACUCUGUGACGCACGAUAUCCCCCAUAGGAGCGCCACACAGGAUUGGAUCUUGUGGGAUGUUGAUGUGUUGGAGAUCCACGUUCAGUCCCCUGCUCCUCCUCCUAUUCCUCACUCCGAUUCCCUCGAUUUCGAUUCCUCUACUCCCUCUGCUGUUUCCAUCAAAUCCACUACUUUCUCCAGACAAGAGUCGACGGAUUCGAAUGUGGGUUCACCGCCGAAGUUGGAGGGGAGGACUAUAUACUACCAUGUUGCAGAGGAUAAUGGGGACGUGGAUGAUGAGAAUGUGCAAGGUUAUUCUUUGAUUUUCAAAGGGUAUGGGGUUGAGCAGUUGACUCGGAAGUUUGAGGAAGAGACUGGGCUCGAGGGAGUUAUUGUGUGUACUAGAAGUCCUUUGAAUGGAAAACUCUACCCUCUUCGCUUGCAGCUUCCUCCAAACAAUGUCACCAUGCAGGUUGUCUUGGUUCUUCCCUCAUCUAAAGUGGCAAAAGACUUUGAGGAGCAAGGUCUCCUAUGA